GCCGGUCAACUCCGGUUCAAAAAAAAAAAAAAAACGGAACUUGGAGACCAACCAACCACUGGCUCCACUUCCAUCGGCUUCAGGUGCGCCGCCGCCGCGUGCUCGCCUCGCCGGAUCCCUAGCACGGGAAGGUCUACGGCGCCGCCAUGGCCGGGACAUCUUGGAUAAUCGACAGUCGAAGAAUUGCUACAAAAAUAAAAAAUGCAUCUGUGUCAGUGGACCCAAGUAAGCAAAAAUGGGUUAGCAACCCAACAAAGGCUUGUCCAAAGUGCAACCACAUCAUUGAUAACAGUGAUGUUGUUCACCAGUGGCCUGGUUUGCCAAGAGGUGUAAAGUUUGAUCCAACUGACCAGGAAUUGCUUUGGCAUUUGCUUGCAAAACAUGGUAAAGUAGGUGCUAAACCUCAUCCAUUCAUUGAAGAAUUUAUUCCAACAGUCGAGGAAGAUGAUGGCAUCUGCUACACCCAUCCACAGAAACUUCCAGGUGUCAAGCGAGAUGGAAGUGUAUCACACUUUUUCCAUAGAACAUUUAAGGCCUAUAACACUGGGACAAGAAAGCGUCGAAAGAUAAACACCGAUGAUCUUGGUGAUGUCCGCUGGCACAAGACUGGUAAGACAAAGCCAGUAGUAGUUGAUGGAAAGCACCUUGGCUGUAAGAAAAUAAUGGUGCUGUAUAUUAGCACUGUGAAAGGUGGGAAACCUGAAAAAACUAAUUGGGUGAUGCAUCAGUACCACCUAGGAACUGGGGAAGAUGAAGUAGAAGGGCAGUAUGUCGUCUCUAAAUUAUUUUAUCAGCAACAGUUUAAACCUGGGGAGAAGAAUGCACAGGAUAUAACCUCUGCAUAUGCUUUAGAAUCUAUAGUUACCGAAGAUCUUCCAUAUAUUCCUCCAUUGCCCCUUGAAGAACAUGUUUAUACUAAUCAAGAGGUUCCUGAGAAAUCUGAAACUAUCACUGACCAGGGAAAGGAGACUAGUGAAAUAAAUAAUGACGACAAUGCUGCAGAAGAUGUUGUGCAUAUGUCUACUGAGAAACCUGAGGAUGGAGAUAACCCCUCAUCACAAGAUCCGAAAUGGUGGGAAGGUGAAUCCCAGUUUCUGUUUGACUCUCAGCAACUGGCUGACAACCUUGCGAUUUGCGAUGAGUUCCUUCAGAGUCAGAGCCAGACCUCAUGCGGGGGAGAUGAACCUGAUAAGAUCAAGCCUCGUCUUGCUGUUUAUGCCCAAUUGCCAAAAGAGGACCUCAAGAAGGAUCUAGAAGAAUGCCAAAAGUUGGACCCCUCAGACAGUGCAAAUGUUGAUCUUGAUAACGCAUCUGAAUUUCGUCUGAGCCAAAUUGAAUUUUCCCAGGAUAGCUUUACGACAGCAUGGCCCGGUGGCAAGCUGAUCGAUUGACGGUGCCUCCAAGGCACGCGGCCAACACCAUUCUGUACAUGAAGAAACAACCGAAGCGUCUUCAACAGCAAAAUGCUGUUUAUAUAUGGGGUGACUGAUGAAGCAUUGUCUCAGAUAGCCAAGUCAUAAUUUUGGCCCGGCUGCUAGCCGGGAUAGGAAGCAGUGGAAGCUAAUGCACAGACUAUGCACCAGAUGCACAUGAACUGGGCGCUUUUGUGCCAAAACAUUUGACAUGCUUGGCAACAUGGGUUUGUAAAUUGUAAUGGUGACUCCUCUUUUGCCGGGAUACUCUGGACCACCCGGUGGUACAAAGGAAACUUCUGCUUCUGGUUGAACUUGAUUACUCUAAUAUCCUUCGUGUUAAUAACUUUUGGAUGAUGUUAAGGCCUAUUGAAUGUGUGAACGCAAGUCAUUUUCUGGA